ACGCCUGGCUGUCUGGGCGGCGCUGCAGUGUCUCCUCCUGGCCUGGGCGGUGGUGGUGGUAGUAGUAGUAGUAGAACUGCUCCCGCCGCCCUUGUGUGUCGUGGUGGCCGGGCGCCCUCCCUCCCUUGCCUGCCUGCCGCCGCCGCCCUUCUCUCUGGGGAGCGCGGAGGAGACACCUCUGCGAGUCACUGGCCGGCGCCCAGAGCAAGCUGCCAAGCGAGAGGGGCGGGAAAGGAAAGAGGGAGGAAGGGAGGGAGGGAAGGAGGAGGAAGGGGGAAGUGUGGAAAGGAGGAGCUGUGCGUGAGGGGAGAGGGAGGACGGCGAAGGCGAGGGAAGGAAGGAAAGCGGGGAAAGCACCGGAGACAGGACGGGCGCGGACGGAGCGGGGCGCUGGGGCUUGUUGCGCCUUUGCUCUGGGUUCCUUCUCUCCUCCUCUCGCCACCUGCCCUGGAGGUGGCGGCGCGGGGCUGCGGCAGGCUCGACAACAUCCAGGGCCCGGCCUACUGAGGGGACGCUGAGGAAAGCAGAAGGCAGGGGAGGGGUCGGCGGAGGAGGAGGCGGCGGCGGCGGAUUGGGAGCUCUAGCCGCGCUCUCGCUCUCUCUGGGAAGGAAGCGGGGAGGCCGCCUGGCGCUCUGCUCCGCGCAGGCACUGCGGCCCCGUUGCUGCUGCUGCUGCUGCUGCUGGUUGCCCCCAGUCAGGUCAGGAAGUGGCUCUUCAGCCGGGACUGGGCGGCGUUGGAGACACCUGAAACCGCAUAACCGUCACGGCGGAGGGGGUUGAAAUCCAGACCCCGAAACCUUCCACGACGAGGAAAAAGUAAAGUGGGGGGAGGGAAAAGGAAGCAAAACAAGCAGCCCGUCUUUUUCGGCCUUUCCCCCGGACCCCAAGCUUGGCGCUACCGUAUUCUCCCUCGCCAGCCGCCGAAAACUGUUGCAUCCUUGGGGAGAACUUGAUUGGAUUUAAAACAUCUGGUGGUGGUCGUGGGAAUCCGGAGCAGAUGGAGAAAAUCUGGAUGCCCGAAGUGUGAGUGCCUGAAAAUGACAACAAAGCGGAAUUUGUUUGUGCGCUUGGUGCCAUGCCGCUGUUUGCGUGGAGAAGAAGAAACUGUUACUUCACUUGAUUAUUCUCACUGCAGCUUGGAGCAGGUGCCUAAGGAGAUUUUUACUUUCGAAAAGACGUUGGAAGAACUCUAUUUAGAUGCUAAUCAAAUUGAAGAGCUUCCAAAGCAACUUUUUAACUGUCAGUCUUUGCACAAGUUGAGUUUGCCGGACAAUGAUCUAACAACAUUGCCUGCAUCUAUUGCAAAUCUCAUUAACCUCAGGGAACUGGAUGUCAGCAAGAAUGGCAUACAGGAGUUUCCAGAAAAUAUCAAAAACUGUAAAGUUUUGGCAGUUGUUGAGGCCAGUGUAAACCCUAUUUCAAAGCUUCCAGAUGGAUUUUCACAGUUGUUAAACCUAACACAGCUAUACCUGAACGAUGCUUUUCUUGAGUUCUUACCAGCCAAUUUUGGAAGAUUAACUAGACUUCAGAUAUUGGAGCUUAGAGAAAACCAGUUAAAAAUGUUGCCAAAAACUAUGAGCAGACUGACUCAGCUGGAGCGACUGGAUCUGGGAAGUAAUGAAUUCACAGAAGUGCCUGAAGUACUUGAACAAUUAAGUGGGUUAAAAGAAUUUUGGAUGGAUGGUAAUAGACUAACUCUUAUUCCAGGGCUUAUAGGCAGUUUGAAACAUUUGACCUACUUGGAUGUUUCCAAAAACAACAUUGAAACUCUUGAAGAAGGCGUUUCAGGAUGUGAAAGUUUACAAGAUCUGCUGUUAUCUAGUAAUUCCCUGCAGCAACUCCCAGAAUCUAUUGGUUCUUUGAAGAAAUUAACAAUUCUUAAAAUUGAUGAAAAUCAGCUAAUGUAUUUGCCAGACUCCAUAGGAGGGUUAGCAUCAGUUGAAGAACUGGACUGUAGCUUCAAUGAGAUUGAAGCAUUGCCUUCUUCUAUAGGUCAGCUCUCUAAUAUAAGGACUUUUGCUGCGGAUCAUAACUUUUUAACACAGUUGCCACCAGAGAUUGGAAACUGGAAACACGUAACUGUUCUGUUUCUGCAUUCUAAUAAACUAGAGUUUCUUCCAGAGGAAAUGGGUGACAUGCAGAAAUUAAAAGUCAUCAAUCUAAGUGAUAACAGAUUGAAAUAUUUGCCCUAUAGCUUUACAAAGCUGCAACAGCUGACUGCUAUGUGGCUUUCGGACAAUCAGUCUAAACCACUAAUUCCCCUUCAAAAAGAAGUUGAUGCAGAAACACAGAAAACAGUGCUUACCAAUUACAUGUUCCCCCAGCAACCAAGAUCUGAAGAUGUUAUGUUCAUAUCUGAUAAUGAGAGUUUCAAUCCUUCACUGUGGGAGGAGCAGAGGAAACAGCGUGCUCAGGUGGCUUUUGAAUGUGAUGAAGAUAAAGAUGAAAGAGAGGCACCACCCAGGGAGGGUAAUUUGAAGAGGUAUCCAACACCUUAUCCAGAUGAGCUAAAGAAUAUGGUGAAAACAGUUCAAACAAUAGUACAUAGAUUGAAAGAUGAAGAAAACCAAGAAGAUGCUAAUAAAGAGAUGAAACAAGAAAACCAGCAAGUUUCAGUAAAGGAUGUUGGUGUAAAGACUUCAGAAAUUACUCUGGCAAAGAGCAACCAGGAAAACAAAGAGCAGAACAUGAUGGGAAACUGUGUGCAGAAGCCUAACGAACCAGAGCCUGAGAACAGCACUGGAAACUUGCAGAUGAGUUCUCAAGUUAAAGCCUCAGAGAACACACCACCAAUUGCUAACCACGAAGACGCUCUUGAGGAGUCAGAAGAGCUGUCCUCUGAUGAAGAGAUGAAAAUAGCAGAAAUGCGACCACCCCUGAUAGAAACAUCUAUUAACCAACCCAAAGUAGUAGCACUUGGCAGUAGCAAAAAAGAUGACAGUAAAGAUAUAGAUUCAUUAUCGGAUGAGCCCACACACAACAGCAAUCAGAACAACAGCAAUUGUUCCUCUCCUUCUCGAAUGUCUGAUUCAGUUUCUCUAAACACUGACAGUAGCCAUGAAGCAUCGCUGUGCUCUCCGGACAAAGAAAUUAACAUGGCUGUCACUUCCAAAAUCAGGCCAGAAGAUGAAAAUUCUAAUAGUCUUAUACAAAAUGGAGGUGAAAUAGAUACAACAGCAGAAGAAAGACUGGAUGCCCAAGACAAAGUUACAAAUUUCACUGAAUUCAGAUUAAGCAUUGAAGACAGACUAGCUUUGAUAGAGAGAGGUGUUGAACUAAACAAUGCUAGUGAUGAAUCUCACAAAAUACACCAAAUGAACAUGAAUAUCUGCAAGUUGCCUGGUGAGGAAGCAGUACAACCAAAUGUGGAGCGAAUGAAGAUGCAGGAAAUAGGAUCCACUAAGGGCUUUUUAAACAAUAAUAUGAAAGAAGAAAUUGAGCACUUGGAAAAUGGAAAUAAAUAUUCUAACCUGUGCCCCAUGAAUGUCAAUGGGCAUCCUGAGGAAGUGCUUCACUCUACAGGAAAACCAGAACUAAAGAGAAGUGCUACAGUUGACACAGAUUCUUCUUCAGAAAUGUGUCUUUCAAAGAGCACUGAAGACUUGUCUCCACAGCGGAGUGGACCAGUUGUGAAAUCUCAUAGCAUAACUAACAUGGAAACAGGUGCUCUGAAAAUCUAUGACAUCAUAAAUGACAAUGGAUCCCAGCAGCCAAAUCCAAUGAUGAAAUCGGCAAUUGCAGCUCCGGAUGGAAAAAAUAUAGUCCGGAGCAAGUCAGCUGCUCUCCUCUAUGACCAACCAUUACAAGUAUUUCCUGGUUCUUCUUCGUCAUCUGAUUUAAUGUGUACAAAAACAUUGUUCAAGUUUGAUUCAAACCAUAAUCCAGAAGGUACUAAUGUAAUAAGAGGACAAGGGACAAGUACUUCACAACCAUUCAGUACCCCCCAGUAUAAUGUCCAAUAUAGCAGCAGUAUGUCAGCCAAAGAAUCCUUGUGGCCCCAAAAACAGAACUCUCUAGUAGAACAAAGCUUGCCGCCUCAACGCUUGCCACGGGCAGAUACAACAGAAAGUUGCAGUUCUGCGAAACAUUCUGCCAAUCUGAAUUUCUCUAACCAUAACAAUGUUAGAGCUAGUGCUGCAUAUAAUAUGCAUCAAAGAAUGGGUGGGAGACACAUGGAGAUGUGGGCCAUUCCAUCAAACGACAGACUUGUUUCUGGAGCAACGAGAAAUACUCUUCAGCGGCAAAGCAGUGUAUCUUCCACUGCUUCCAUGAAUGUUGGGGAUACUGGGCCUCUACGGCGUCCUCAGGUUCCUGAAGGGGAUUAUUUAACAUAUAGGGAUUUGCAUUCAAUGGGAAGAGUCCCACCAAUAAUGUCAGGGGCGCAAAGACCUCUUUCCGCAAGAACCUACAGCGUUGAUGGUCCAAAUGUACCCCGACCCCAGAGUGCUCGCCCUUCAGCAAAUGAAAUACCAGAGAGAACUAUGUCAGUUAGUGACUUCAAUUAUUCAAGGACUAGUCCCUCUAAAAGAACAAACCUGAGAGUAAAUUCAGAACACUCUCUGCUAGAUCCUCUAGGAAAAAGUAAAGUCCCUCAUGACUGGAGGGAACAGGUGCUGCGACACAUUGAGGCCAAAAAGUUAGAAAAGAGCAUGCUGUCUAGGUCCUUUAAUUCCAAUUAUGCUCCAGUUAGCAGCUUUCACUAUGGCAGCUCUAGGGAUCUGCAUGGCAGCCAGGGCAAUGUUGCCUUGAGUGUUGCAGACGGAAGAAGUUCUGGUGUUCACAUUGUUCGUCACCCCCAGACAUCUGCCCCAAUAGAGCAGUGUCAAGAGGAUGUAUUCAUUCCUGGACAGCAGAACUACUCGUCUGCCACACUUAAUCUCAAAGAUGUUGCUUCAGAUGGCAUUAAGAAACUUCCUGUACAGAUACCUUUGACAAAUGGCCAGCUAUGCCAGCCUCCAAGACCUCAGGUGAACUAUACUCAAGUCCAUCACCCUGCUCCCCAAACAUCUGUGGCAAGGCAUCCUUCUAGAGAACAACUGAUUGAUUAUUUGAUGUUGAAAGUGGCCCAUCAGCCUCCCUCUUCUCAGUCCCAGGUUUCAUCCAGACAGAGUCAUGAACUGUCAAAGCAAGAGAUUCGAGUGAGAAUUGAAAAGGACCCAGAGCUUGGUUUUAGUAUAUCAGGAGGAAUUGGUGGUAGAGGGAACCCCUUCAGACCUGAUGAUGAUGGUAUAUUUGUAACCAGGGUGCAGCCUGAAGGACCAGCAUCUAAACUGUUGCAGCCAGGAGACAAAAUUAUUCAGGCUAAUGGAUAUAGCUUCAUCAAUAUUGAUCAUGGACAAGCGGUAUCCUUACUAAAGACUUUUCAGAAUACUGUGGAACUCAUCAUUGUUCGAGAGGUUUCUUAAAUAAGGUGUUGGCGUGAUCCUUUGAAAGACUUAUGGGAAACUGAAAAUUUUGAUUAUUUUUAUAUACAAAAAGAACUUUUAAAAUUAUGUACAGUAAUGAAAUAAUGAAUUUGUGGUUAUUGGGGGAAGAACCACUGUAAAGAACAUACAUGAAACAGUUUUGGAAAUGCGUGCGGUAACAGACAUCAUUGAGUUUUUAAUCAUUGUAGCAAAGGUCACUCCUCCAAGAACAAACCUGUGGUGUGUUUUGUACAGAUGGUAAGUUUAUUUUUGGAUAAAUCAUUCACAUUACUAAACUUUGUGCAGGUGUAUGAGGAGCCUCCAUUGUAGCCAGUGGACAGAUGGCAGGGCUUUCUGUCCUGUAGCUGUUUAUUGCCUUUAUUUUAUUUCUAAUUUUUUCCACCUAGUUUUAAUAUCUUUGUUGAAACCACUUCUGUAGAUGUGGAUAAGAGAUUUGAAAUAUUGGUUUUGCUAUGUGCAUAUUGUAUAGAUGAAUGGGUAGAUUGAAGGUGGGGUUGGUUGGCUUAAUUUAAAAGGCCGGGUAGAAUGGCUAUGGAAGAUGGAAUCAAGAAGAAGAAAACAUAGGUUAACAUGAGAAUGUAUAUCUACCAAUAGAAAACUGCAAUAAAAUGUGAAGUCUUUUUAGGAAGACUAUAAAUAUACUUCUGGGAGUCCUACAGGAUUGGCUCAUAUCACAUCCAAUAACUGUCUUAUUUGCUCUGUGUAAUUCAGUUUUGAGUGUUCUGUUUUUGAUCACACAACAUUUUUUCACCUGUACUGUGGAGUUAUACCCAGAGACUCUUCUCUGUUUUGAAAAUCUCCAGUUUAUGCAAAAUGGUGAUUUUCUUUUGCCUUGUAUUAAAUACUCCAUUUUCAACUUAUUUAUAGCUUUUUUUAUAAAAAAUGAACUGAAAUGGCCAGUUUUUUACUGUGUUGCCUGUCAUUCAUAUAUAUAUAUAUAUAUAUAUAUAUAUAUAUAUAUAUAUAUAUAUAUAUGAGAUCACCAUACAUGUGCAUGAUCAAACCUCUAAUUUCUCUUGCAGAAAAAGCCUCAGUUUUUAAAAUGGGACUCUCAUGGCAAUGUGCCCUAUGAAAAUUGGGCUGCCUAGGAGUAAAUGGUCCAGGAAGGGGUUAGGAAAGAAAUCUUGAUUUUGUUUGGCCUUGAAUUGCCUUGUUAGACUAAAAGGAAACAAUGCGUAUGGAGCUAGGUAACCAAAGCCAGUUUUUGUGAAACUGUUACACAGUGAUGGAAGAAUUGCUGUUGCGAAGUUGUAGGGCAAAGGGACGGGUACUUGAGACCCACCAGUUUGUAAUGAUCAUUCUAAAAGGGCUGUUCCUACAGGUGACAUUAAAUGUGAACUAGACACUUCAGAGUCAUUAAAGGGUUUCUAACUAUAUUAAUGUAAUAGUGAUUUACCACAGGCUGCCUUUGUUCCUUUAUUACUUGUAUACAAUGUUGAAUUAUACAUAAUUAAUUUUUGUUUAUGACAAACAUUAUUUCCUUUCUCCUUAUGUAACUGAGAUGAGAUUGCCUAACAUACGGGGUAAUAAGUAAUACGUGGUUAUUAUGGACCAGAGAAAAGUGCCAUAGAAGACCAAUAACUGUUUUGUUUUUUAAAAAGGGGGUAACUGUUAACCUGUCAUUGGAGCAAUAUUCAGUUACUGCAAUUUUUACUAAAUAGAAAAAUUGAUAGUUUUAAAGAGAAAUCUAGCAAAAAUUCCAGCCUAGUGUAGUUUUUUUGGAACGACAUGCUGGAACAUAAAGGAAUUUACAUACCUAAAAAAUAGAGGCAGUACUUUUUAAAUACUCAAACUCCAACGAUAUUGCACUUCAAAGAUGUUAUCAACUGCAUAUUAUACUGUUCAUAGUUUUAAUAGUUUUAAUUGAAACCCUUUAACAACUCUUUGUACAUUACUUUUAGUUGAUUUUCAUUAAUAUUUACAUAGGAAUUGAUUUUUUUUAAUAUUAGCAGACGUGCUGUAUUUUCGUAAAAUUCACUUAUUUUCUGUGUGCUGUUAAUCGUUUAAGGAAACAAGAAACAUAGCUAUAUAAUGGCAGGCUUCAGUGUUACUUUGCUUCUAAAAAAAGUCCUCUUUUUAAUUUCUUCAUUUUUAUUGACAGUUUAAAAUUCUCCAUUCAUUGCUUUUAAUCAUAUUAAACUCAGCCUUUUAAAGGGAAUACAAACAGAUCAGUCCUAAUUUGACUUGAGACAUAAAUGAUGAUUGUGAGGAGGGCAAAAAGUCCAAAACCAGAACUGAUUCUUUACUGAUCAUGAACAUAAUUUAGUUUUGUAUACAUAAUACAUCAGGCUGAAAUUCAUUGCAUUUUGUGUGAAUGAUAAGCAUUUGUAUGUUCAGCUUACAGUUUAAUUUAAUUGGAAUAGUUUUGUAUAUCAAGGAUGUUGUUGCCAAAAAUAAUCAUUGUUUGUAGAGAAUUUAAAGCAAGAAAGUUGGUGCUGCUUAUUGUCUUCAAGAAACUAGAAGAACUAUCAUUGAGAAAAUGCUGGCUAUUUGGAGAGAGCAUCCUCCACGUAGAGCUGAUAAAGAUCCCUGUCUGAAGCCCUGGAGAGCUUCUGCCAGUCAGUGUGGACAAUACUGAGCUAGAUGGACUAAUAGCAUGAUACAGUAUAAGAUGAUAUCAUGUUUUCUUAUAUGUUGAUAUUUUCUCCUGGAAAAUGGCUCUAUGUUAAUGCAUUAUUCCAUUUCUGUGUUUGGAAAUUGUCAGAAUACUUUUGCAAGGGACAUAAAAGAAGAAACUCAUUCAAAACAGAAGGAACAUCUGCAGUGUUGGUUGAUUUGGCAUAAUAUGAAUAAAGUGUGUGUGUGAACUCAAUAUUUUUAUGACAGUUCAUUAAAGAAUCAGUUCAGAUGAUAAAUUCUGGAAAGAAUCCCACAUAUUUAUUGUGUAAAUAUAUAUAUUUUUUACUUUUUUGGACUGGAGUUUAAAAAUGUGUAUAUACUUGAACACAUCUUAUGAACACAAUCAUAGCAAUAAGCAACACACAGAACCAAGCCUUUAUGAUUAAUUUGCUGUACUACUUUUUAAAAAAGUAAUUAUUCCCUUGUCAGCAGCUAUGUAAUGUUUUUAUUGAUCAGCGUUUAUUCAGCAUUCCAAACUUUUGUAUAUAAUUAAAUUUGUUUCUGAAGUAACACAUGGAGAAUAGAUAAUAAACUAAUGCUCUUUAAA